AUGACAGCUAACAAACAACCGUUAAGUGCCGCAACAAAUCGCCAAAAAUUGAAAACUGUGGGAAUACUGCUCCACGUCAGGGACGCCGCAAAAGCCACGCCACGCUCACACAUAGCUACAAAUCUCGUUUGCCCACAGUGGGACGCAUACACAGGGAGAAAAGUUUAG